AUGAGUAUUAUAUUACCUAUUGUGUCUGCAGUAGGAUUUCUUGCUUCAAUAGUUGCAUUUGGUAUAAGCGUGGAUUUAAAAAUACAAUUGGGAUCGAUGUCCUUAGACAUUAGUCGAACAGCAUUCUUCAGAACAAGGGAAAUCUAUGCUUCCUAGAUUCCGUACUUGGAAGCAGUUGCGUUCUCUAUAUUUCUAUUUAUAGUCAUCGUAAGAGUUAUAGAAUACUUUAAAAUUGACUACAAGAUGGUAACAAGUAUGAAUGAUGAUGAACCUGAAAUCUAUUAUUUAACAAGGGCUAAAUUAUAAUAAGCAUUGGAAUGGAGUAAUAUAGCUGUGACUUAAGCGUUUAUCAUUUUGACUUUAGUAUGA